AUGUCCUCCCCGCCCUCCUCUCCCACCAAGACGACGGCGACAAAACGCUCCACCGCCCUCGUCGCGUCCGCCUGGUCGCACCGUCCCUCGAACUUAACCCUCGCCUGGCUCGCCGUCUCCCUGCCCCUCGUCGCCUGGGACACGGGCUACGUCAUGCUGCGCCCACACUCGAUGCCCGGCGGCGCCUGGCACGCGCCCCUCUGGACCCCCUACGAGCUCUACGGCCGCAUCGACGGCGUCUACGGCCUCCAGGCCUACGAGGCCGGCGACGGCUUCACCGCCGCCCAGGCCUUCCUCAACAUCGUCGAGACGCUCAUGUACCUCGCCUACCUGUGGCUGUGUCUGCGUCGCGGCGCCCCCUCGCCCGCCGAGGGUCCCGCCGGCCGCCGCGUCGUCACCGGCCGCGAGGGCGGCGCCGCCGUGCUCAUUGGCUUCAGUGCGGCUGUCAUGACCCUCAGCAAGACGGUCCUCUACUGGAUGAAGGAGUAUUACUCUGGCUUUGCCUAUAUCGGGCACAACACGGCGCUGGAUCUUAUUUUCCUGUGGAUCAUCCCAAAUGGCGCGUGGCUUGUCGGCUCGUCGUACAUGAUUAUGUCGCUCGGCGGCGAAAUUCUCGAUGGUCUGGCCCCGGAGACGAAGAGGGCGAAGAAGGAGUAG